AUGGCUUCGGCAUCAAACCCCCCUUUAUAUCUACAUAUUACCAGUACAACCAAGGAGGGCCUGGAAAAAGCCAUCGACAAAGUCAACGAGUUACUUCACUCAGAGCUACCGGCCCUCGUAGACGAGAGGCGAUUUCGACGUCGCGAAAGAGAGGAACAGCCGACAGGCGAACGAGAUGAGUUUGGUCGGAGAAAAUGGCCAGAUAAGCAAAUUCCCGUAAACCUCGACCCCAUUCCCGGAUUCAACCUGCGAGCACAGGUUGUUGGCCAUGGCGGUGCGUACGUGAAGCACAUCCAGCAGGAAACAGGUUGUCGAGUACAGAUCAAAGGCCGAGGCUCCGGGUUCAUUGAGUCUUCGACGGGCAGAGAAAGCGACGAGCCUAUGUACUUGCAUGUGACCGCCCCAGAUCCAGACAUGGUCGAAAAAGCUAAAGAUCUUUGCGAAGACUUGUUAGCAAACGUGAAAGACCAAUAUGAGUCUUUCAAGAGCCGCCCCCAACGCCCAUAUGGUGGACAAGGUAGCUAUGUCGACCGCCAUGGAAAUGGCAGCCAAUACAGCCAUUACCAAAGCUACUCUGGAAGUCGCGAGGGCUACAACGGGCGCGGGGGACGCGGGGGCUACAACGGGUAUGGUGGGCACGGUACCUAUGGCAGACAAGAUCGUGACAGAAAUGAGCAAAGUGGCUACAACUCGCCAAAUUCUGCCACGGGCAAUAGUAGCAGCGUUGUCCCUGGUCAUGCAAACCGGAACCCAGCCCCCAAUGCCGCACCAGUCGUCCCUACUGCCCCACCUUCGACCAACACCGAAACUGCUUUACCAACUGGUAGUGCGGACUAUGCGGCUCAGUAUGCACAGUAUUACGGGAGUAAUGAUCCUUAUGCGCCGUAUGGCGGCUAUGCUGCUUACGUCCAAUACUACCAGCAGUACUACGCAGCGGCACAACAAGCCCAGCAGCAACAGCAAGCAGCACCAUCUACGCCGCCUGGUGUUGGCCAGACAUCGACAACCUCGUCGCCGCCUCCACCCCCGCCGCCGCCUGGGGACGCUCCUCCUCUACCUCCACCGCCCCCGAAUUCUGACGGCGUCUCACCAGUAAGCAAAUGUGCCUCUGAAAUAUGCCCUUAA